AUGACCUUCACCCCUCCUACGUCUGAUUACGACACCGACGACACCCACCCAGAGUCUGAUUUUGGAAGCAAUUUGGCAGUUGCCCUUCCAUCUUCACAUCUCAGAACGACGAAAAGCAUGGCACCCGCUCAGGGCACCGUGACCGAGGAUCAGCCCUCUAACACUGACGCGGAGAAGCAUAGCUCUGAUGGAAAGACUUGCGAUACUCAGAAAGAAACCGCGAACGAUAGCCCUACUUCUCCAAGCCACAUCCCUCCACCACCACAAAAAUCUCCACUCCGCCUAGCCCAGAAUCUCAAAGAAGGGCCCCAGUCCGAAAGUCCACCAGAGAAGAUCAGCAACAAGGAAAGCCCCCUGCCGCACUGCACAUUGCCUAGGGAUAAAGAAGAUUCCGCAGGCUCACGCAUUCCUCGAGGAACUGGAUUGAAACAAUCGGCCAACAUUUCUGCACAGAAAGGAACUCGUUGCACUCCCGAGCUUCGCAGUUCUAUUCCAGUCUCGGUUCAACGGCGCAGCGUGGAACAGUUGAGGGUUAACCUUCAGGGAAAGCAGAGCGAAUCGUCAAGCGGUAUACGGAUGGUUGAGAAGCCCCGUGGACCACGCCCCCGACCAGUGGCAGAGCAAGCUAGCCUUGUCACUUCCGAGUCAGCUCAAGGAGUGGAUCAGGCACAGAUCUCAACUCCUACAUCUAUAUCUUCUUCGUCCGCCAGCAGCUGGGACUUUGGUGACGAGGGAGAUGUGCCUGAGAGACCCACGAAUGUCUUUACAGGUGAAUAUCGUACUCGCAUCCUCAAUGUUCCUGGGAAUCAAGCUACAGGCCCUACUCUGAGGAUAGCUACCUCUGCCGACAACAUCAUCUUGGGAGGAACCCUUCGUGACCCUCCAAAUUACGCUGUCACUCAGAGAACGAACCCCAGCAAAGUGAGGUACUUUGACAAACUGCUUCCGAGUACGCCAAAGGUCUUCAGCAGCAGCCCCAAAGGAAACACGCCUGCGUCAGACACCAAGAAGAGCGUCGGCGGUAGCAGUAAGAAGCAGAGCACGCAAGUCGCGCGAGACUUGAGGGGAGCGACAGACAUCAGUGGCAAGGAGAUGUCAAUCUCGCGAAAGCCAGUGAGCAAGCCCAGUCUUAGCAAUCUCUUCUCACCAAGCUCAAAGAGCCCUCGGAUUGGGGAAGAACACCUUGUGCCAAAGAUACCCGACGAAUAUUGCACCGAUAUGACCAAAAACAACCUACAACCAGCGACCCCGGCAAAGAUUGCAUCUGAGCCCGAAGCUACACCAGCUAGUGCUGAAACAAAAAUUACACAGACACCUGUUACUGCUAUCAAGACUGGUACCUCUCAGUCACAUCCACCUCGGACCUCGUCAUUGCGGGCACUUUCCGAGUUCCCCAACAAUCCCGCCCAAGGCCAGUGCCACGCAUCUGCAGCCGAAGCGCCCCCCAAAGCAGCUACAAACCUGAGACGGAAUGUCACUUUCAAUGACUUCGUGUCUUUGACUUUUGAAAAGGAAAAGAUACCAGCGGAGGGCAUCAAAACCAGAAUCCCUGAGUCACGCAGCACCCACCUCCUUGGAAGCUUCCGCAACAUUUUCAAGUCUCGAAUCGGAGUUUCAGACAAAGAGGGAACCAAAAGAGAGGGCGAAGAUUCGGAAUUUACAGACGAAAACACGGCUCUUCAGAGUGGGCGACUCCGUCUUGACUCUGAGAAACGUGCAAAGCCCAAACCCAAAUACACUAGACUCUCUAGUGGGGUCAGCUGGAACAAGAGCGUCCGUAACCCUAAGUCACCGACUUCCUCCCCCAAUACUCCCACCUCAUCAGUUCCCCGUCUCCUUGCUCCCCCAAAUCGUCACCCUGAUAGCAGCGUGCCUUCUUUUGCUCGACCGACUAAAUCAACCCGUACAAAAGCCGCCUCCGGCCUGGGGGGUCCAGCAUCCACUACUACUCCUGAAGUUCGCCCUCCUCGCAGGCCUCACAUUCGAACAGCGUCGACUGGAAGUCCUCAGCGCGUGACAAGCGGACCUCGACGUGCAGCAACUAAUCUGUUGGCAUUUGCCGGUCAGAAGCGAAAUGUCCAAUCUCCCUUUUCCGAGCCCGAGAACGCUGUGUCGGUUGCAGACGAAUCGACUGACAGCCUCCCCAAGAAUGUCGACGCAGUCCGCAGUUGUCUAGACACGCUCUGCAGAAAGGUCGGCGAAGCAACCACUCCGCUUGACAGAGAAAGACACAUUCGUCUCGCGCUCAACCUACAGCAGCAACUUGCUGAUUACCAACAUAUCGAGAGGGGUGCUCUGGAAGCCGAGGACGCAGCAAAAGAGAAGCGAUCUGAGAGGAAAGCUGCGGAGGAGUGCCUCAAUACAAGCCUAGUUGAAGUUCAGGCCCAGCUUGAGGAGACUUAA